GAGAAGCUGGGUUUUUUUUUUCAACUUUGUGACGGAAUAUCUCCGCGACCGCGCCUCGAGGCGUAAUUGUGGAUGCGCCUACUAUGCUGGGCGGAAAAUUCGGGGCAGCGGAGAAGAACCGCUCCUGGUCCCCGUCAUGGCAGCCUCCAACGCCGCGGGAAAACAGCGGCCGCGGCCGACGACGGCCCCCCCUGUGGGCCAAGAGGAGCUGAGGCGCCUGAUGCGAGCCAAGCAGCGAGAAACAGCGGCCGGCCGAAAGAAAGUCGACUCGCCCUUCGCCAGAUAUAACAGUUUGGGGAAUUUAAGCUGCUCUUUGUGCAAUGCCUCUUUAAAGAGUGAAUUGUUGUGGCAAACACAUGUUCUUGGGAAGCAGCACAAGGAGAAACUUGAACAGUUAAAAGGUCAUAAACAGUCACCACAAGGCCCCAUUCCUAACACUUCAUCUUCUCUCAAGAGGAAAAUUGAAAAUAAAUAUUCUCCAGAGGAGAAGAAUGCAAAAGAUGCAAGUGAUAAUCCGCAAACCGUCCCGUCUGGCCUGCCACCAGAUUUUUUUAGCAGAACUGAAUUAGCGAAAGCAGAAAGGCAAUCUUUGGAAGCUCCAAGAUGUGGCUUAUUACUAGGAGACUAUGAGGAGGAAGAGGAGGAGAAGGAAAUGAUUGAAGAGACAACUGAAGGAAUCAAAGAUAACAGUAGCAAAACAUCUGUGCAAUCCACAUUUCCAAGAACAGAAACUCCAUCCUCUACUCAGAAAACAGAAACUGCUUCUGCUUUACCAUCAGGUUAUUCAGAAGACAAAGCUUUAGCUGCACCUUUGGUUUCCCACUCUGGCUCUAUACAGAAAGCAGAAGCACAAGAAAAAGUUAUGGAAAGAAAAGAAAAUACUGCAGAGGCCUUGCCAGAGGGUUUUUUUGAUGAUCCUGAAGUGGAUGCAAAGGUGCGAAAGGUUGAUGCUCCAAAGGAUCAGAUGGACAAGGAAUGGGAUGAAUUCCAGAAAGCCAUGCGACAAGUCAAUACAAUUUCAGAAGCUAUAGUAGCUGAAGAAGAUGAAGAGGGGCGACUUGACCGUCAAAUUGGAGAAAUUGAUGAGCAGAUUGAAUGUUUCCGUCGUGUUGAACACCUGCGGGACCAACAGGACAUCAUGAAAGAGAAACUGAAAGAAGUGAUGAGACUCCGAGCAGCCCACGCCAAAGAAGAGGACGAUAUAGGUAGCGAGGAUGAAGAGGAAUUGCAGGACUUGCUCUCACAGGACUGGAGAGCAAAAGGAACUUUGUUAUAGUUGCCUGUCGGGAUGAAUGAAUCUCCUAAUUUGUUAAAGAACUUUUUAAAAAGAAUCAACCCUGCAGGUGUUAAAACAGACUGUGAAGUAUUUGUAAGUUUAAGAAUAGAAAAGCCUUGUACAUUGUAAAGUUGUAUAUUGUAAGAUCUUUUCUAUACAGAUGAUUGCCACUUUCCUAUUUAAAUCUUUUGCUUUACUGUGUGUGGUGUCAGCUGUACUGUUUUUAAUAGCCUCCUUCACAGAGUAUUUUUCUUUUGGAUAGGUGGAUCCCUAAACAAGUGUCAUCCAAGCACUUGGGACCAUGUAGCAUUGUUAGGCACGAUUAUGAAGCCAGUUUUGGAAACUAAUGGUUGCUUAAUUCCCUGCAUAGUACUUCGCUGUCCCGUGGAGUUAAAGUCCCAGAUCAUGUCACAAACUCUUUGUAAUGGUCUGCAGUUUUAAAAGUAGAUUGCUGUUUGCCAGGCAGAUUUGCUGCUUCAUAGAAGUGAGUGUAAAAAACUCUUGUCAUUAUAAACAUUAUUGAUGGGGUGAUGUGGAUCCUAAUGCAGGGCUCAGAGAUUUGUUCUUUAUUGACAGACAGACCUUUUUGGAACCUUAAGAGACUGACCAGUCACUGUUCCUUUUUUCAUUACUUACGUAGCAUGAGCUAUAUCUAGUUGUUAGUCACAGUUAUUAAUUUGUAUAGUCCUAGGAAUCUACAUAUACUGCCUUGGAUUUAUUAUUUUCCUAGAAUUAUUUCGAAGCUAGCUAAAGACAGAACUUUGUGUGAUGGCUGCUGGGUUGGGGAGGAGAACUGUUGCCCGGUGAAUUCGUCAAAUUCUUAGUUACACUAAGAAAUCAAAUCAAAAAGUUAGCAUGGGCAUAUCCAGCACAGAGCAGCAACUUCAUAAACUAACUAAACUUGUGACAAUUCACCAGCAAGAUUUACACUAAUUUCAUUAUACUGGCAUAAAAACUCAGUAGGAUUUUGGCCACUUUUGCAUAUUUUUGUUGCAAUUAAUUUGAGCAUCUGUGAUAGAAUAAUUGUUUACAAGCAGAAGUAGACAUGUUACUUCAUAACACAAUCCUAAACUUCUCUAUUAAUAAGGUCAAGGGGGCUUAUUCCCAGCUAAGGUUUUUUUAUACGAUUACAACCAGGAAUAUCAAUUUCUUCCACAGCCUGCCCACCAGUGGCUAAUGUAUCAGGGCAAUUUGGAUGCUAUAGUCAGAUGUAUCCUCAGAAAAAAGAUUAAUAUAGCUGUAAUACCAAUAUGAGAUCUAAAAUUAGCAAAAAGAAAGGUUAACUGUCUUGAUCUCUAAAAUAGCCAUGGAACUUGCUAAUGUGAUACUAGUUUUAGCACUUGGGCCUUAAGAUAAGUUACAUUGACGGAAGCAUGUUCCAUCCCCUUUCCUCCGUCAUUCUCCCUUCUAUUAUCUAAGCCUAAAAUGCUCUUUUCUUCUCCAAACACAAUGAAAUAGCAUGCAGGAAUUGAUUAUUGGCUAUUAUUCGACCAAAGCUACAUAAAGCCAAUCAUCUUUGUUUGUCUAAUUAUGCUGCUGGCAAGUGCAUUGUUAAUAAAUCACCUGGGACCCAUA